AUGUUCAGAAAGAAAGAAAAAAAAUUGAAAAACAAUGAUACGAAAGAUCAUCCACGUGGUGAUACUGCGCAUAGUAUUACUUAUAUCAUCUACGAUUCUUUAAUGUAUGCACCUCGUGCCACUGAUGAAAGAGUCGCGAUUGUACGACUUUUUCAAACUGUUUCACUCCAUCAACCAAAUUUACCUUCAUCGUCAGUUUGGAAUCCUAAUGGAAUAAUAUUUGCUAACGAAUCGAUUGUUGGUCUCAAGGCCACGGAUGUUUUUGUUGAUACUAAAAAUUCAAUUUAUGUCCUUAGUAAAGAUAAGAAACAAAUUUUAGUAUGGCAUAACAAUAGUAUCAAUCCAACACAAAAUAUUUCAGUCAACUUCGAACGUCCUUCAUCUCUAUUUGUAAGAUCGAAUGGUGAUAUUUAUUUUAUUGCAGGACUUUACAUCAGAGUGCUGAUGAGAUGGAUCUCGGAAAAAAAUACUUUUACCAUUAUCACGAAUGUAUCACCCCAUUGUACCGAAAUCUUUAUCGAUAUCAACGAUCGUUUCUAUUGUUCAGUGACUGCCGACCAUCAAGUGCUAAGAAGAAACAUGAAAAGUUCUUCAAUGAAUGAGAUGAUUGUUAUUGGAAGAAAUGGACUCGGAUCUGAUUCGAUUCAGCUUCAUUCUCCUUGGGGAAUCUUUGUGGAUGUUAACUUUGAUUUAUUUGUAGCAGAUUCUGGGAAUGAUCGAAUUCAAUUAUUUCCAUUAGGAGAAACAAAAGGCAUCACUGUUGCUUGUCGUCAAUCGCCACAUUCAAUUAUUGAACUCGACUACCCUACUGGAGUUGCAUUAGAUGCUAAGAAAUAUUUGUUUAUCGUAGAUGCAAAAAAUAAUCGGAUUGUUGGAGAAGGACCAUGUGGUUUUCGAUGUAUAAUUGGAUGUGACGGGAAUAGUUUCCAAUUUAAUGAACCAUUUCUAAACUCAAUGAGUUUUGAUAGUUUUGGAAAUAUAUUUCAUACUGAUUCCCGAAAUAAUCGCAUUAUGAAAGUUCAAUUAGAAAAUCUUUGCGGUUUUUCAUUAAGUAUACCAAGAUUUUGUUCAAAACCUGCUUGGAAUCAAAAUGGAAUCACUUUUGCUGAACAGUCAACAAUUGGUUCAAAACCUUUCAGUAUUUUUAUAAAUAAAAAAGAUUCAAUUUAUUCUCUCAAUCGAGAGAAAAAACAAAUCUUAAUUUGGGAUGAAUCUAAUAUUCAAUCGUCUAUAAUUAUUCCUUCUGGUGUCGCUGAUUUAUAUUCUUUAUUUGUUGCUUUAAAUGGUGAUAUUCACAUUGAUAAUGGAAUAAAUGGUCGAAUAAACAAAUGGACUAUGAGUACAAAAAAAUUCAGCAAUGAAACUAUUAUUUCUUCAUCUUGUUUUGGAUUAUUUAUCGAUAGAGAUCAUCAUCUAUAUUGUUCAAUGCCUAAACAUCAUCGAGUCAUUAAACAAAACUUGAAUGAAGUUACUCCACCAACCAUUCCCGUAGCUGGUACAGGUGAUCAAGGAUUAACUGCAACUAUGUUAAAUAGUCCACAUGGAAUUUAUGUUGAUUCAGAUUUCAAUACAUUUGUAGCAGAUUGUGGAAAUAAUCGAAUACAAAGAUUUGAAUCGAAAAAAAAAUCUGGUAUAACAGAAGUAGGAGAUACAUCAUCAGCACAACAUCAAUAUCCACUUUCAUGUCCAACUGGUAUUACAUUAGAUUUGCAACAAUUUUUAUUUAUUGUUGAUUCAUAUAAUCAUCGUAUUCUUCGUUCAGGAACAAAUGGUGUUCAUUGUGUUAUUGGAUGUCGUGGAAUUAGUGUCAAAUUUACUCAAUUAUCAUUUCCAUCUAAUCUUGCUUUUGAUAGUUUUGGAAAUAUGUUUAUCGUAGAUUCUGGAAAUAAUCGAAUACAAAAAUUUCAAUAUUUUGAAAAUUCUUGUGAUAUGUCAUCUGUUACUGAAUGGACGUUUUUAUUAUCAUUGACCAAAAAUAGUCAAUUCUAUUCUCAAAAUUGUAAUUGGGAAAGUUUUUAUUAUCAAUCGUUUGAAAUUAAAGUACAAGAAAAUCGUUAUUAUUCAAUAUGGAGUCAUGCUGAGAUCGAUACAUAUGGUUAUGUUUACGAAAAGAAUUUUGAUUCACUUAAGCCAAAUGAUAAUCUUCUUUUCAAACAUGAUGAUAAUGAUAAUAAUAAUGAUGAUGUUGAUGAUAAACAAUUUAAAUUUGAACUUCCUCUUUAUAAUGAUACAACAUAUAUAUUGGUUGUCACAACAUUUUAUCCAAUGAAAAUUGGAAACAUUACAAUUUAUAUAUCAGGAUUGAAGAAUAUGAAUAUCAAACCUUUGAGUACAUCAAUGAAAAUUCAAUCUAAAUACUCAUUUCAAUUCACAAUGGAUAGUCAAAAAUAUUGUCGUGAUUAUAAAAAACCAAGUUAUCAUUAUAGAACAUUAGAAAUUAAUGUUAAAAAAACAGGUUCAUAUGUUCUCUGGAGUAAAAGUGAAAUCGAUACAUAUGGUUACCUUUAUAAACAUCAUUUUGAUCCAUUACAACCAUUUGGUAAUUUAAUUGAUCAACAUAGUGGCAUAUGUAAUCAAGGACAAUUGAAAUUUGAUAGAACUUUUGAGGAAAAUACAAAAUAUAUCUUAGUUGUAACAACAUACUAUCCAAAUGCUACAGGAAACUUUACUAUAUUCAUAUCUGCGAGUGUCUUAGGAUACGGCGGGAGCCAAGAAUGGAUGAAAAUGAACGAGCGUUCGUUAGAAGAACACAGAAACGAAUAUCACAAUGGAACUCAGACAAAUGAUGGACUGUUACACGCAUACGAUCCAUUGAAUCGCGUUCAUAUAAGCUACCAAAUCAAUGAAUUGUAUUGCAAGAUGGAUGAUUCACCUUCAGGUAACUUGUUGUCAUCGAAUGAAAUCGAAAAAGCAUUACAUGAAGAAAUAUGA